CAUAUAUGUUUAAAAUAUCACUUUGGUUCAUUAGACAGUUAAAUGCAGUAUAGUUGACAUGUAGUUUGGGUCAUUCCACUUGCUUUUGAAUUCAUUCUAUCAAAAUGUCUCUAUCAAAGUGGUUCCCCAUUUGUUUGGUCCUGCUUGCAUUCACGCUGGGGGCAGCGCAAGCUGCCGGAAUGCUAUCAGCCUCAUCGAGAGCAGCAGCAAAAACCAAAACAGAACUAUGCCCCGAAAUGGCUGCGAAAAGCACUUACGAAAUGUGGAGUACGAGAUACGACAACAAAACAAAAGUGUGUUACAAAACUGGGACUAAGGGCCCUUGCGGAAAUAAUAUGAUAUUUUACGCUGUAAGCGACGAUCCCGUGUACGGAGAGUGUGAUUGCAAUUAUGAAAUCUGUCGUUCCAUGAUCUACUCUCGUGAGUAUGACGAGUGCUUUGAAGCUUUUCAGCAAGGACAUUGCCCAGCUUCAGAGUGGUUAGUAGCAGAUAAAAAUGGCCAGCCAGUUUGUGAGAGAAAUUUAUGCUUGCCACCCCCUAAAUAUUCUUCAAAGUAUCAAUGGGCUCUGUACAAAGGACGUUGUGAACGAUUAUAUAAGCCGAUUCAUGACUGCAAGCCUGACGAGUAUUUAUGGGUUCCCAAAGGUCAUCGUUACCCGGUGUGCGGGAAAGCUGAAUGUACGAAUCCGCACACGUUUGUUCCAGAGCUGCAAUGUGAGCUUGGCAGUCGCUUGUAUGAUCAGGGGCGAUGUAUUCGACGAAAGGGAAUUUAAUUUAAAAACAGCGGCGCUACACACCGUACAAACAAAUUUUAAUUGCACUGAAAGCUUUCUCCUAUUAACUUAGUCUCGCACAUCGAUGCACACUCCUCCGCAUAUUACUCCAAACAAGAGCCCCAUCCUCAAUGGCUUCUUACACAAGGCAUUCCAUCAUCAUCACCAAGUGGGCUAUAUACAUUAUGUAAUUUGAGAACUUCCAAAACCAGCCACAUAAGACGAUUGCUUUGGCCUUUGUGAAACUAAUCAUUGCGAUUCUGCAUAACAGAUUUGCCUAGGAGGCAUUACAAUGCCGACACCUUUUGUUUCACUCAUACGCUUUUAUUUAUUCUUCAAACUUGUAUCUGUAUAGAACAUGAGUAGUAAUGAAGCCAUCAAGUGAGGUAAAAUAUAUCAGUGUUCAACAAUAAAAAAUAUAGCAAGUAAUUGACAACUUUUAAAAUGCA